UCCCUCUUCUAGCCUGAUGUUAGAAAGCAGAGAUUACCGAUCCUGAUUCCACAGCUGUCUUUUUUAUUUUCUAGAUUUUUUUUCUUACGUGUUAAAGCCACAUAUUGGAGCUGACUGUACUUUUCCCGCAGCACGAUGGAGAAAGCGGUCCUCAGUAAAACCCAAGUGUUUUUAAUGAACGCCUCUUUGUAUUAUAAGGACACGUGUCCCGAGCAGGCGCGGUUUCUCAUGCAGAAGCAGCAGAUUAAUAGUCCUGUGCUGCCAGACUCGGUGCUGUGCCCGUUCUGUUUUCAGUGGCGGAGGCCCGGAGAGUACCGCGUACGAUUACGGCCCAAGCGCAGACCCUCGGCCCAGAUCCGGAAACUGCUCAGAAGGGAGCAGGCCCGCAAGAGGCUUGGAUCACAGGAAUUCAAGCUUCUUCAGAGGUUCAGAAGAGCAUCCAGCGUUCUGAUGGCCACUUGCCAUACUUGUAAUCGAACGUCCAGGCAAAUUGGGAUGAACCGGGAUUUCCUGGGGGCUUUACCAAAACAUACCCCAGUGAGCAUGUCAAAAUGCAGGACUCCUCAAUCUGCGAACAAAGUGACCCCUAAGCCCAACGUCCACGACAAAACACCAAGCAGAACACCAGUGGGAAGACCUUCUGAUUGCACCAGUGCUUCGAAGUCAGGCAGCGGGAAAAAAACGGCUUUCUCACGUCUUAAGAAGCUUUUAAUGCUUGACAGCAGCCAGAAGAGUAAGAAAGGGGGUUUGAAAGACUUCCUGACCUCUCUGUAAGAACCUUGUGGUCCACAGGAAUGCAGAAACCAUGGAAGAACCAGGUCUGGCCCACUUUAGAUAGUUGGCAGGUGGUGGUGGUGGUGGUGGUGGUCUCUUUAGUGUACACUAGAGUGACACCUGGUGGAUGACUCACGAAAGCCUGGUUGAUGAACUUGAGGUUCUUUUGACCUUCCGUGAAUUCCUUUCCUGUCCUGAUGUCAUGCUGAGGACUAGAAGAGAGAGACUGCGUUUUCAGUGCCGCAGUCCAGAUGGAAAUGUUACAUGUUAAUGUUCUUAUGUUUUUCUCUCUCAAACCUGCACACGGUUCACAUUUAACUUUCUUGGUGUUCGUUCGCCUAAUUCAGCAAGAAGUGAAAUGUUGCCUCUCUGGGUCUCUCAAGAGGUUGAAAUCAGCAAACACUGGGAAAUAAACAGCGCUGCUUAUGUUGUGUUAUUGAAAUGAGAUAAUUUAUAGAUGCACUGUAUGGACAAAAGUAUUGGGGCACUUGAUUUUUCAACCAUAUGUGGUUUUUCCCUCAAAAUGUUACCACAAACUUAAAGGCACACAAUUGUGUAGAAGGUCUUUGGUUCAGUAGCAUGAAAUUUAGGAGACCCAAACCUUUUCCAGCAUGAUGAUAAGUGUUUUGGUGUUGAGUCAUGUCAACUUGAUCUCGACCUGGUUUGAUCUAAUCACUAUUUCAAGCAGCUUCUUUAGUCUGAGAGAAGAUGGCAGGACCUUCCACCUUUUUUUCGAAGCGAUUCGCGCCGCAUCUCCGCGACAGUGUCAAAACGGCGAUCUUUGAGCCGGAUCUUCAUUUUCAGGAAGAGGGCCUGGUCCGCAGGAACCAUGUCUGGCGAGUAGGAAGCGAGAUCACGUUGUUUCCUGCGAGAAACUCGCGUGUGAGGAGAGCUCGGUAACUGUUGGGUCACCGAGGAGGUGUAGAACGUGCUAUUCUGACCUCAUGCGCACGGCAUGAGGUCAGAAUAGCACGUUGUACAGCUCCCAAUUUACACAGGACGAUGUCUAUUGGCACACUGACUUAUGAAGCUCGGUGCUCCCUGUGAAUGUGCGUGCAGCCUUGUGCUGCCACCUGUUGGCGUGUUACAAAACUAGUCUGAAAACCUUUUCAGUUUCAACCUGAAAUCAUUAUAACUCCGCCCCCACUCUCACUUCCCUCCUUGUCCUUUUAAUAAAGGGAGCAACCCUGGAGCAUACGAAUUUGUGGAAACUUCACUUUCCCUCAGAAGCUGCUCAGAUGAAUAAUUAGAACCUUUUGAUCCAACCAGAUAGAAAUCCAGUUGACUCAAAUGACUCAAAUGGGAAUUAAAUGUGGAGUAGGAUGAGUGAAAGAUCGAGUGUCUACAAACUUUUGUCUGUACAGUGUAUAUAGAUAUGCUGUGUGUGUGUGUGUGUGUGUGCGUGUGUGUAUAUGUGUGUGUGUGGAUAUAUAGAUGUAUUUUGGUGUUUACACAUUGUUUUUGAGUAGCCACUUUUUUGUAUCAGGAUUAUUUUUUGUGCAGUUGCGAUUACUAUUUAAAGGCUAUUUCUGGUAUAAUAAAGGUUUACAUUCAAUAGACUGUUGUUUUCCCCAAACUAUAUGUAUUCCCAAGACCAAAUAAAUGCAACAUGUAUGCAAGCAUAAUUUAUUUUCAAUAAAAUCAGUUGCAUGAA